UGGGUUAAUAAAAAGAAUUUAAAAAAGGGAAAGAAAAUUAAAUAGUAAAAAAGUAAAGUCCAGAAGAUGGCGGUAUAUGUAACUAUAAGGAUGCCGACUGCCGUAAAACACCAAAGAAGAAUAAGAAUAAGAAUAAGAAUAAGAAUAAGAAGAAGAAGAAGAAGAAGAAGAAGAAGAAGAGUCCCAGCUCAGAGCAGGUAACGCCGCCGUGACGUCAUGACGUAUGAAAGUGCGUCGUGACGCUCGCUGGUCGAUCGUUUUCCCUCCUCGUUGACGAAGCUAACAGGCUAUGCCGAUGUUUAGCUAAAGACACUUUUAUCGUUGAGCCCUUUUGCAGUCUGUCGCUUCAACAUCGUAGGAGGACGGCCGGGGAAGAAACCGCACAGAUAUAGCAACGUUGUUAAAGAAGACUUAUGCAGUCCUGCUAGCAGGGCAAGAUGUUCAACAAGUCAUUUGGUACUCCCUUCGGUGGAGGAACGGGAGGGUUCGGCACCUCGUCGACCUUUGGACAACAAAAUGCUGGUUUUGGGGCGGCCGGAGGCUUUGGGACAUCUGCGUUCGGGACCACCACCAACGCUGGAGGAUUGUUUGGUGCCACACAGAAUAAACCUGGAGGACUCUUUGGCUCGAGUACAUUCAGCCAGCCGGCAACUUCUUCAACCAGCACCGGCUUCGGUUUUGGUGCAGCGAGCGGCACUUCAACGAGCCUGUUUGGCAACACCGGAGCGGGCACCACCGGCGGACUCUUCUCGCAGCCGAACAAUGCUUUCGGUGCCAACAAACCCACUUCUUUCGGAAAAGUCUCCCUCACAUCGUGUCCUCCAGGCUUUGGGACAAGCACCAGCAGUGGCGGGCUGUUUGGGACGACCAACACCACCGCUAACCCGUUUGGUGGAACAACCUCCCUGUUUGGAGGUGGCUCUGGGUUCUCUGCCGCACAGCAGCCAGGAACGACCGUGAAAUUCAACCCUCCAACAGGAAGUGACACAAUGGUUAAAGCAGGCGUGACCACAAGCAUCAACACGAAGCAUCAGUGCAUCACAGCCAUGAAGGAGUAUGAGAACAAAUCCCUGGAGGAGUUGAGGUUGGAGGACUACCAGGCGGGCAGGAAGGGCCCGAGCAACCCGAUGGCUGCGGGGACAGCUAGUUUGUUUGGACCGGCAACGGCCACAUCCAGUGCCACCACCGGCCUGUUUGGCUCUGCCGCCCCCAACACCAACUUCUCCUUCGGACAGAACAAGAGCACUUUUGGAGCAGCACCAGCAGCCACUGGUGGUUUUGGUACAGCCACAGGUGGUCUGUUCGGUCAGCAGACCCCACAACAAGCUGCCAGCCUCUUCAAGCCGUUUGGUCAGGCUACCACCACACAGAGCACGGGCUUCUCCUUCGGCAACACCAACACUAUGGGACAGGCCAACACCAGCAGCAUGGGUUUGUUUGGGAACACGGCAGCAUCUCAGUCAGGUGGGUUGUUCGGCGCUGCUCAGACGAGCACUGCUACUGGCUUUGGGACUGGCACCGGGCUGUUCGGCCAAACCAACACUGGAUUUGGAAACGUUGGCACUCAGCAGAGUUUAUUCGGUAAUAAGACAGCCGGGUUCGGCACCACGACCACCAGCGCACCGUCCUUUGGAACCGGCACCGGACUGUUUGGAAACAAGCCAGCCCUCACACUGGGGACCGGAACUAACACUUCCACCUUCGGAUUUGGUGCGAACCCUGCUGCAGGGAGUCUGUUUGGUAACAAGCCAGCCACAGGAGGACUGGGAGCUGGACUUGGAACGAGCUUUGGAACAGCAGUGGGCACAGGACAGACGUCUCUGUUUGGGAAUAACCAGAACAAACUAGGCACCGCACUGGGAACAAUGGGAACGUUCGGAACAGCCGGGUUCAACACCGGAACCAGCACCCUGGGUUUCGGAGCUCCACAGCAGCCUGUCGCUCUCACAGAUCCGAGUGCGGCGGCUGCCCAGCAGGCCAUGCUUCAGCAGCAGCUCAGUGUCCUGGCAUACUCCCCGUACGGAGACUCGCCACUGUUCAGAAACCAGCUGUCCGACCCCAAGAAGAAAGAGGAGCGUUUAAAACCAACCAAUCCGACGGCUCAGAAGGCUCUGACCACUCCCACUCACUACAAGCUCACCCCCCGACCUGCGACCAGAGUCCGCCCCAAAGCGCUGUCAUCAUCAGGAGCCUCCAAGUCUCAGCUCUUCGACGGGCUGGAUGACGACGAACCCUCGCUCACUAACGGAGCUUUCAUACCCAGGAAGAGCAUCAAGAAACUUGUGCUGAAGAACCUGAACAGCAGUCAGUACAGCAGUCCCAUCAACAAAGAGACAGACGACCUCGCAUCGCCUUCAGAGUACCCGCAGAAUGGACACAGCCACAUGGAGGAUGAGGAUGAGCUGAGGGAUAUGCCGGGCCCGAGCAGCCGGCCAGACGACGACCCGGAGGUCACACAGUUCUACGUCAACCCCAUCGCUAAGCCAAUCCCACAAGGCCGCGUCAACACCAGCCUACAGGACACCAUCAAUGACCUCAACAUGCACAAACCGGCGAGAAAUGGAUUAGAGCUGAGCAGCGAGGACAUGUCAGCGUCUUUGGGGGAGGAUUCUCUGCAGGAGGACAGAGGGGAGGAGCAGCAGGAGUCCCAACAGUCUCCUCACCCAGCAGGCAUCGUCCUGAACCGUGUUGGUUACUACACCAUCCCCUCCAUGGAGGAUCUGGCUGACAUGGUGGAUGAAAAUGGAGAGUGUGUGGUGGAGAACUUCUCCGUUGGCAGGAAAGGUUACGGCUCUAUCUUCUUCCAUGGUGAGGUGAACGUGACGGGACUGAACCUUGACGAGAUCGUCCACUUCAGACGCAAAGAGGUCAUUGUGUACCCGGAUGAUAAAAUCAAGCCACCCGAGGGGGAGGGGCUUAACAGGCGAGCUGAGGUGACUCUGGACGGCGUUUGGCCAAAUGACAAGACGACCUGCACUCAGAUCAGGAGCCCAGAGCGCCUGACAGAGAUGAACUACGAGGGUCGGCUGGAGAAAGCCUCACGCAAACAGGGAGCUCGUUUCCUGGAAUACAGACCUGAGACCGGAUCCUGGGUGUUCGAGGUGGCGCAUUUCUCCAAAUACGGCCUCCAGGACUCUGAUGAAGAAGAGGACGUCCCGCCCAAAACUGACCCGAAGAAGCUGAAGACGAUGAUGCCACCUCCCUCCAGGCUGCAGCAGCUACAGCAGCAGCUUCCCCCCUCCCAGCAGCAGGUGGUGCCACAGGCUCAGUCCACCAUUGUCAUGGAUCUUCCGGGUGGAGACGAGUUGGACAGUGACAUGGCCGACAUCACCCAAAGUAUCCUGGGAGGAGAGGAGGACGUCGAGCUGCCAGCGGUUGAGAUGGACACGUUCAGCGGGAAGCUUGACGGUUUGAUCUCCGCCGAGCAUGAUGGCAUCUCUGCGUCCAGCCACAUUGCGUCCUCGCUGGGCAUCAACCCGCACACCCUCCAGAUCAUGAAGGCGUCUCUGUUUGCUGAGGAUGAGGAGGAGAGCGACAUGUUCCAGGAUCACGGAGCAGUGAAGGUCUCCACUGACGUCUCGUCCCCUCGUCUUGUCCUGCCGGGAGCUCAGAGCCGACCCUCUGUCGGUGGUCUCCUUCAGGCUCGUUUUACAUCCGGCCUCUUCUCUCAGCUAUCAGACUCUUCCCGCCCUCCUCCUUCACUGUCUCGGGCGUCUCCAGCAGCCGUCGAACCGUCCUGUCCAUUACAGUGGGCGGGGCCGUCCCCCUCGUCCUUCCUGCUGCCCCCCAGAACUGUCGAGCCUUCGAUCAGGACGGUCGGUGUACGGCGGCUGGGUGGCCCCGUCCCCCUGAAAGAGUCUGUCACUCAUGGAAAGGGGAGUUUAAUGAUGGACGCGGGGCUGUUUGCGGGUCGUUCUUUUCGGGUCGGCUGGGGUCCCGGUUGGACGUUGGCACACUGCGGCCACCGGCUGAGCUCACCGCCAGGAAAACAGUUCGAGCACCAAGAACUGAUGGCUAAAACAGACUUCAGCUUCCUGCCAAAGCCCGCCAGGACCAAACCGCUGAUCGAAAGCCCCUAUAAGGUGGUGCUGGAGCAGCUGGUGGGUCUGGAGACUCCAUCAACGAAGAGCAUGGAGGAGGAGGAUGAGGAAAGCCAGGCGGUGCUGCAGCGCCCCCUGGAGAUCUGUCUGAAGCACAGCACGGUCAACAUCACAGAUGCCUCCACCUGCCCUUUGGUCCGACCACAGCCCGGUGUGGCGGCCCUGCACGAAUAUGCCGAGUGGAUCACCGAAGUGAACGAUAAGCAGGGAGAGGCAGACCCUGUCUUGGGUUACUGGUCUGAGGUCUGGACCUUGUGUGAGGCCUUGUGGGGCCGGUUGGGCCCCUCAGAUCAAGAGCCAGACAUGGAGACGCCUGACGAGUACAAGCAGCAGCUGGAGAGGAGGAGGACCUUCUCGGCCUGGUUGUCUCGUGGAGCCACCUGCAGGGUGGAGGAGGAGGUAGCCCUGGCAGGGAAGGGUAGCCACACGGAGGCCAUCUUCAGCUACCUGACAGGAAACCGCAUCAGUGAGGCAUGUCGACUCGCACAGAAAGAAGGAGACCACCGUCUGUCCUUGCUGCUGUCACAGGCCAUGGGCUCUCAGUACUGCCGGGACCUGCUGGCCCUUCAGCUCGCAGACUGGAACCGCAUGCAGACCGACUCCUACUUGCCCGAGGAGCGACUUCGUAUCUUCACGCUUCUCGCUGGCAAACCUGUGUGGCAGUCGUCUGACUCUGUGGUGAACGUGUGCUCCGAGUUGGACUGGAAGCGCUGCGUGGCGGUCCACCUCUGGUUCAUGUUGCCUCCGACUGCCUCGGUGGCCGACGCCCUUGCCAAAUAUGAGGCCGCCUUCCAGGGUUCAUGUGAGGGGGGCAAGUACGCCUGCGCCCCCCUGCCUCCUUACCUGGAUCAUGAGCAGCCAGACAUGGAGGAGGAGGAGGAGCAGGAGUCUAAACGGCCACUACACGACCUCUGCUUCCACCUGCUCAAACUCUACAGCGACAGACAUUACAGCCUGCAGCAGCUGUUGGACCCUCUGACCGUCACCUGGGAGCGUCUGGACUAUCGUCUGAGCUGGCACCUGUGGGGAGUCCUACAGGCACUACACUACAGCCACCUGAGCGCCUCACGCCAGGGACUCCUCCACACCAGCUACGCGGCACAGCUAGAGAGCGCCGGCCUUUGGCACAUGGCUGUCUUCAUCCUGCUGCACAUCCCCGACCACAUUCAGCGGGAGCGAGCGGUCAGGGAGCUGCUGACCCUCCACUGCCCCCUGCAGGAGACAGACGAGUCGGUCCGGAGGGAGCGCUUCUUGACCGAGAGGCUGCUUAUCCCGGAGCAGUGGAUUCAUGAGGCCAAGGCCACCCGAGCCCGCCGUGAUGCUGACAGACACCAGGAGGCCCUGCACCUGUACCGGGCUGGAUACUGGAGCCAGUGUCACCGACUGCUGAUCCAACACCUGGCCUCAGACUGCAUCAUUAACGACAACCACGACUACCUGCUGGAGUUCCUGGAGGGGCUGGCGGUCCCUGAACACAGUGCCACCAUCCAGGACUGGGACAUAGCAGGGAGGGUUUACCUAGACUACAUCAGAGUCAUCAAGACUCUGCAGGACAUCCAGCAGAUGGAAAAUGCUGGUUACGAGCUGGAGCGUCUCUACACUGAUGUUACAUCUCUCUGCAGUCGAAUUGAGCUUCUGCCCUGCAGUACUGCCAGAGACCGCCUCGCCCAAUCAGAAAUGGCAAAGCGUGUUGCCAACAUCCUGCGCGUGGUGCUGAGCCUGCAGCAGGGUGACGCAGCGUCUGACUCCCUCAGCAUCCCGCUCACCCAGCUGGCACCGCAUAUUACCCGCCUACCGAUGCCGGAGGACUACACGCUGGAGGAGCUGAGAGGCCUUACGCAGUCAUACCUACGACAGCUCAUCAUCAGCCAAUGAGAGUGCAGAACAGGAACGAGAGAAACACAGAAAGUUUUACCAAAAGGAAAAAGGAGCAAAACAAACUUUGUCGUCUUGAAGUAAAAACAAGUUAAAAGUUGAUUUGUCUUGUUUCUGAGUCUUCAUCAAGGGAAGAGAACAGUUUGAGGACUUCAACGUGGAGUGUAUUCAGUUUGAGUUUCUUCAGUUUGUCCAGUAGAAAACAGGCACAAAGCUUCUAUAUAUCAUUCCUCAUCGUCAGUGUGUGCGCGUUUGUGUGAGUGUCGCUUCAGGGGAGUGUUUUAAAAGAAACCAACAUUCAGUGACAGGAAAUGACUCCUAAUUUAAACCACCAGCACAACACGUCUGUGGGGCUGUGGGAUGAUUGACAAUACAAUCAUCUUUAUUAUUUUAUUACACUCCAGUUAAUUAGUGGAUUAUUUUACCUCAAAAGUAAUUUAAAAAUGUUGCACCUGAGAUGUUAGUGUGAAAGUUUUUACACUGAGUUAUUUCCAAAGUCUAUGGAUGUUUCUUCUUUUGAAAUGCUCCCUAAAAACAGGCUUUCUUUCCACUUUAGCAGUAUUUCUUUCUCCAUAUGUGUUUUUGUAACUGUGCAUGUGUGUAAAUGUGACCCUCAGUUAGUCAUUUGAUCUCAAAAGAAAGCGCAGAGCUAUCGAUCAGUCUCAUCUCUGACUACUCCAUUAUUUUUUUCAUUCAAAGAUUUGGUUUUAAAUAAGUGAAUAAAAACAGCCGUUAGUGUAGUGUGACAGUAGCAUCUGUUCAUCUGUCAAUAUGUGAAUAAGGACGAUAAUCUUAAUAUUAAAGACGAGCGGUGAUGUCUCACAGACGGGUUUCGAUGUGCACAAAGUUGCUUUUUUUUCCUUUUUUUUUUUUGGGAGACAACUCAGAGGAAAGAUCAACAUGCAAAGUGUAAAAUGCCUAAUGGUCUAUUUUUGUAGAUUUCUCGUUUUUCUCUUUGGUUUGAAUGUAAGUCAGAAAUGUGUGUGUGUGUGUGCGUGUGCAUGUGAACUAGAGGUAAACAACACCAAACAAAUUUCGUUACAGUUGGGUCGUUAGGUUUUCUAAUGUGAAGAGUUUCCUUCCAAAAUGAGCUGCUGCCAACCAGAGAUUUCACUCCAUUUAAUUGUAUAAAUAUUGUAUAUUUUUGAAAAAUCAAACAGGGAUUAUCAGGUCAUUUUUACCCUUCACCUUUAAUUAUUAAUAAAAUGGAUGCAAAGUGUUUUGGAACGAAACCCUUCACUUACCAAUGGAUGGAUUUGUUUUUCUUAGAUUAACUGUCAGCUUGCCAAGAAUGUUUCGUUUUUGUUUUUUCAAAGUAAAUCAGUUUUGUUUCUCAACAAACAGCAAGCUCAAUGAUGUGUUUUUUCUCCUGAUACACAGAAACAGUUUAUGUAUGUAGUUUACAUGGAUGGAUACCGGAUUGAGUGUGUGUGUGUGCAUGUUUCCUGAUGAUUUUGUU